AUGCCUCCCCUCCCCGCCAAGCGCGAGAAGCGCAUCGUAGGCACCUCCCUCAAAAUGUACUUCGAUCUCCCCUCCACUCUGCGCUACAUCGAAUCCGUCGCCGCGCUCUCCACGACAGCAGACGCCGCCAACGUCGACCUCUUCGUCAUCCCCGACUUCGUCUCCGUCCUGCCUUCCAAAGAGCGUCUGUCCGGCACCAACGUCCUCCUCGGAGCGCAAGACACGUACAGCGAGGACAGAGGCGCCUUCACCGGCGAAGUCAGCCCUCGGACACUGAGCCAGGCCGGUGUCAAGAUCGUGGAGGUCGGGCAUGCAGAGCGAAGAAGGCUAUUCGGGGAGACAGACGAGGAUGUCGGCAAGAAAGCCGCCGCGAUUGUGAGGAAUGGCAUGGUUCCUCUCGUCUGCAUUGGGGAGAAGAACAAGAGUGAGAUUGCUUCGCAGGCUGUCGGCAUCGCCGUGAGCGAGUGCAAGCCGCAGAUUGAAGCUGCACUUUCACUGCUCCCGGAUGAUGCGGAGGUGAUAUUGGCAUAUGAGCCUGUGUGGGCGAUUGGCGCGAGUGAACCGGCCGGUGCGGACCAUGUUGUUGCUGUCACGCAGAAUCUGAGAGCUCUUUGUGCGGGUCGCAAGGGGAGGACGAGGAUUCUGUAUGGUGGAAGUGCAGGGCCUGGGACUUUUGAACGACUGAAGGAGGGCGUGGAUGGUUGUUUCUUGGGCCGAUUUGCGCAUGAUGUGGGAAACUUGGAGAAGGUCAUUCACGAGAUGAGUACUUGA